AUGGGCCAAACUCUUUCAGUUGUGCAGAAGGUUAUUACUGAUGAGAUAAAUGCCUCCCUAACUAGACCAAUUUUGGAUGCUGAGAUUAAACAAGCAACGUUUCAACUAGGCUCUUUGAAAGCUCCAGGACCAGAUGGUCUUAAAAUCAUUACUAAGAUUCUUGCGAAUAAGCUUAAGCCUAUUUUGAAAACUGUCGCUACUCUCCAACAAUCUGCGUUUGUCCCUGGCCAGCUUAUUCAGGACAACAUUUUGGUUGCCCACAAAGCUUUCCAUCAUUUGAAGCUUAAGAAAAGAGGUGGAUUACAUGAAAUGCCUAUCAAACUUGAUUUUAAUAAGGCUUAUGAUCGGGUUCAAUGGGAUUUUCUACAGGCCCUUCUUCUUAAGAUGGGAUUCAACCCGGUCUGGACUGAAUGGGUUAUGGAAUUUAUUAGCACUGUGUCCUUCUCUGUUAUGGUUAAUGGGGAAAGUCGGGCUUCUUUCAUUCUCUCUAGUGGGCUUCGACAAGGUGAUCCUCUCUCGCCAUAUUGGUUUAUCUUGAUAGCGGAUGUUCUUUCACUCCUUAUCUCUAAUCAGCUACAAGACCACAAAUUGGCUGGUAUGCGCCUCACUAGAAAUUGCCCUGCUCUUUCUCACCUUUUUUUCACGGACGAUGCUUUGUUAUUUUCUAAGGCUUCCAUUGCUGAUUGUCUUGCCCUUAAGUCCACCGUCGAGGAGUAUUGUGUGGCUUUUGCUAUCAUUGGCAAUGCCAAGUACUUGGGAUUACCAUCUUUCUGGGGCAGGUCUAAGUCCGAAGCCUAUGGUUUCUUGAUGGAACAAGCUAUUCAGAAAAAGCAAGGAUGGAAACAAAACCUUCUCUCCCAGGCCGGCCGAGAAAUCCUCAUGAAAUCUGUGGGUGUCUAUUACCCGAGCUCUGACAUACGAAGUGCGGUGAAAUGGCAGAAAGCAUCAUGGGCUUGGGCUAGCCUUCUCCAAGGAAGAGACCUACUCUUGAAGGGCCUUCGCUGGCAAGUUGGGAAUGGAGCUUCUAUUCAAUUUUGGGAAGACCGUUGGAUUCCUAAAAAUCAUAAUUUUCAUGUGCAAACUGGAAGGCCUCCUGAGUGUGGGCCCAUUGCAGUGAGUGAAGUGAUCAAUCAACACCGUAAGGAGUGGGACCAUCACAAGCUAAAGCCUAUGGUUGGUGAGCAUGAUUUUGCCAACAUUAUUUCUAUUCCAAUUUCUGUAAAAGAUAAAACAGACUCUUUGGUUUGGCAUUUCUCUCCCAAAGGAAAUUAUGAGGUCAAAAGUAGGUACCAUCUUGCGAUUAAUGAGCAGCGUUGUGGUAAUGGUACUACUGCCUCGUCGUCGUCUCAACCAUCUUGUGAGCUUUGGAAAUUUAUUUGGUCCCUUAACAUCCAGCCCAAAUUGUGUCAUUUCUGGUGGCGAGUGUGCCGCAAUAAGUUGGCUACAAAAGAAAAUCUUCAUCGGCGUCGGUGUACGGCCUCUCAGCAUUGUCCUACUUGCAAUGGUGCGGUGGAGUCAAUUAAGCACAUCUUAUUCCACGGCAGUUGGACACGGGCAGUCUGCCCCCAACAAGCUGUUUCUUUUGCUAUCCCUGUUCUCUCUACCUGGGUCCCUCCGUUGCAAGACCAGCUCAAGUUUAAUUGUGAUGCUAGUUUCUCUAAGGAUGGCUCCAGCUCCUCUAUCGCAGUAGUUUUGCGGGACUGGGAAGGUAAAUUGAUAGCUGGCUCUACUUCUACAAUGCUAUCUUCCUCUGUUUCUCAAAGUGAAGCUCGGGCUGUCCGUUUGGCUUGUUUGCUGGCAUCCUCUCUUGCCCUUGCAAAUCUUCACGUAGAGAGCGACAACAAGUCUGUGAUUAAGCUAAGUGCCACUGAACUUGAUCCACCUUCGGAAAGUUUGGCCAUUUUCCAUGACAUUUGUGCUUCUCGCUCAAGACUUGGGUUACUCUUUCGCUGGAUUCCAAGGACUGCUAACAAAGUGGCACAUUGGUUAGCCUCUUGUGCUUUGAAGGGUACUCUCCCUCUUGAUUGGGUUGGCAACCCACUUGUUAAGCUUCAGGCUCUUCUUGUUUUUGAUUCCCCUAUGUAA